AUGCCGCAGGAAAUAGUAAAGGCUUAUGAGAAAUUAUUUGCAGAGCCUCAGCAGGGAUGGGCAAGCUCUCAACAACAACCACAGUUAUCUCCGAAUAGAUUGGCUUCAGGGGUGAUGCCCAAGAGCGGAUCACUGGUGGAAAAACUGGAGGUUUAUAAGAAAAUGUGGGAUGACUUAGAAAGGAAAUUAGAAGCUCAAGGCAAGUUGUCUUAA